CACUUCGGGCAUUGAAUGGCUGGAUUAAGGCGUCACUUCCUGCACACAGGAUCAUCCGUGCACUCGGAUUGGCCAGCCUUCCUCCUUGGGCGGACGUCCCACCCUCUGAGUCUUCCGCUGCUGAGGUGGGGCGGUAGUGGCGAUGGCGGCUCUGACGGACGUGCAGCGGCUACAGGCCCGAGUAGAGGAGCUGGAGCGCUGGGUGUACGGGCCAAGCGGAGCGCGCGGCACGCGGAAGGUGAGAGCUCAAGUCCGGUGGUCCGUUUCUGCGGCAGGGCAAGAGCAGUCCACUGGUCCGGCACUCUGGAUGGAUGCAACGACUCCAGUCCUGUGGUCCACAGUCCAGCCUUUGAAAUAACAAAGGUGGCUGAUGGUCUGGUCAAGGUGCAGGUGGCUUUGGGGAACAUUGCCAGUAAGAGGGAGAGGGUGAAGAUUCUGUACAAAAAGAUUGAAGACCUGAUCAAAUACCUGGAUCCUGAGUACAUUGACCGCAUUGCCAUACCUGAUGCCACUAAGUUGCAAUUCAUCUUAGCAGAGGAGCAGUUUAUACUCUCCCAAGUUGCACUCCUGGAGCAGGUGGACAACCUGGUACCCAUGUUGGACAGUGCUCCCAUCAAAGCCGUUCCUGAGCAUGCCGCCCGCCUACAGCAUUUGGCUCAGAUCCACAUCCAGCAGCAGGACAAAUGUGUGGAGAUCACUGAGGAGUCCAAGGCUCUCCUGGAGGAAUACAACAAGAUUACAAUGCUUCUUUCUAAGCAGUUCGUGCAGUGGGAUGAGCUGCUUUGCCAACUAGAAGCUGCCAAGCAAGUGAAACCAGCAGAAGAAUGACAGCUGCUCCCCAUCACAGGGCUGGCCAGGGCAGCCAGGCUUCAGGGCCCUGUGCCAAACUGUCUUUAUAACAAGGCAGAGGCAGCUUUGUAUUUGAGAAAUUUAAGGACCACCUGUCUGUACUCAGGUGGGGUUCUGAGUACAGAGAUCAGGUUAUCUGGCAGUUAUGGUUUGCACACACCCCCCCCAUCAAUGUAUUUAUUCCAGUGAUAAUAAAUAAACUGUAGAGAUUACUG